AGGCAUUUGGCUCAAGCGCUCGCACGGCCCUGCCUCUGCGUGCCUCGGCGGUGCGGAUGGCGGUGCCUAUAGCGGGGCCAUCGCCGCAACCGGCGCCGCCCUUCUCGUGGACGCGGCGGUCCGGGCUGCGAUCGGGGCCGGAGCUCCGCGGCGUACCGCCGGGGUGGCGGCGCGUGGUGGCUGCGGCGGCGGCGGUUUCCGCCGCCGCCCGCCCAUCCGCCCGCAGUCGUUGCGGCUGGCGCCGGCGCGGAGGAGCCUGGCGAGGAGGCGCCGAAGCGCGCCCCCUCGGCGGCGCAGCGGGAGCGCCGCCGCCGCCGCCCGCGCCUCGCGGCGUGGCGCGCGGGCGGGCGGGGCGCUGAUUUGCGCGCCCCCGAGGCCGGGGGGGGGGUGACGGCGACGACGGCGAGGACGGAGGCGGAGGCCUGGCUCCCGCACAGCCGCCCCCUGCAGCUGGAGGUGGUCGCCCCGCAGUGCGGCCUCGACGGCGGCUGCAGCGACGACGCCAGCUUGCGCGACUCGUGGGCCGAUGGUGCGCGGCCGGCGGUGGAGGGAGGGGCUGCUGCUGCUGCCGCUCCUCGGGGGUGCGGCCCUUGCACCGCCGUCGUCCGGGCAGUGUCAAGGCGACGUCGUCGGGCUGGGGGCGAACGGGGGGGCGGCCCUUGGCGGCGCGGCCGCGGCGGAGCUGCUGGCGGCGCCCUCGCCGAGGGCGUCGAGGCUCGGCGCCACCUGCCAGCGGAGCCACUGGCGGUACCGCGAGGCCUCCCCCCGCGGGGCGCGAGGGUGCGGGUGCUCGUGGGCGCUACGGCUGGGCGCACUGGCCGUGUGCGCACCUCGGGUUCAGGUGCCGCGGUCAUCCGCUUCGACCGCGUCGGGAGUGGCGGCAAGACCAAGGGCAAGCCCCAGCAAGCGGCGCUGGGCUUCGACGACUUCGCGGAAUGCGGCGGGGGCCAGCGUCGCGCCGCCGAGUCGGCGCGAGGCCUGCGGGCCGAAUCGGCGCGAGGCGCCUGCCUGCGGGCAGAGGAGCUCCUAAUGGGGGAGCAGGCGGGGCGCUGUUGGCCGUGGUGUUGGGCGGCCCCUGCCUGGGCCUGGCGUGGCGCGCUGGGCCGUCGUGCUCGACUUCUUCGGCGCGGGUGGCCUCCCGCGGGAGCCUGCGGACCGUGCGCGCCUACUCGCGUUGAGGCGGGCGUGUGGUCGCCGUGAUACAAAAAUAGCUUGCACAGCGCAGGGCUCACAACGCUGAUCUUCUUU